AUGGCGGAGAAGGGAGCCCUGAAAAGAGGAUUGAGAACUUGGGCUGGAAAGGAAGAACAGCAGAAGUUACUCUGUAAGAGAAGUCUCAAGUAUCAACUGGAUCAACUGAUGACGUUUUGCUUUGGCAACGCUAUCAAAAUACUUUUAAUCGGUAAAACAGGAGUUGGAAAAUCUCACUUGACGAAUGCUCUAAUCGGUGAACAGCUUGCUGAGGAGGGAAAAGAUUUUGAUCCAAAAACCGCUGAGGUGAGAGCUUAUGAAUUUUCAAAGAACAACGUGAAGAUUACGGUGUUUGACACUCCAGGACUGGCAGAUACGAAAGGCAAUGACGAAGAAUAUAUAAAGAAGAUCAAAGAAAAAAAGAUAGAGUUCGAUCUUAUUCUGUUCUGUACUGAGAUGAAUGGUACAAGAUUUCGUAACGACGACUUAGAGACAAUGAAGAAGCUGUCGACAGCCUUAGGUUUUCAGAUUUGGAACCACGCAGUAAUUGUGUUAACGUUUGCUGACAUGGUUUUUGCAUCAGCAAGCCAGAAGCUGAAAGGCGUCUCGGAUAAAGAGGUGUUUGGUGAAAAGUUCGAAGGUCUGAAGAAGACAUUUCGGCAAGCCCUGAUCCACAACUGUGGAGUGCCUGAAGAGGUUGCCAUUAAAGUGCCAUUUGUACCAACUGGGGACUCCAUGGAGCCCAGACUGCCAGACAGAAACGACUGGAAGACGGCAUUUUGGGUGACGGUGUUCAAACGCAUCAGCAAAGUAGCAAAGGCUGCUUUUCUCCUAUCAAGUGCUGAUCGACUGUCAUUUCCUCAUGGCUCGAAUUUCGACGAAGACGAUCCCGAAAGCGCUGCCAUAAGAGCUUUGAAUCAUACGUUCCACGAGGUGACUUUGGAAAACCAUGUGGAUGCCCAUGAAGAAUCUGAAAGACGGCCCGAAAUACCAUCUGAAGGUGAAAGGUCUGAAAUUAAUGUUUCUUCUUCCAUAUACCUGGACGUACCUUCCUCUCAAAUAAUCGUUCAAGAUAUUUUGGGGGUUGUGACCGACAGUCAUGAUAGCACCGAAACGACCAAUCGAAAUACAUUCGUCCGCUAUUAUCACACGUUCCUUAGCUUAAUUAUUAAAUAUUUCAAGAGGAUUUUACGAAGGAAGCACCAAGAGGAAGAAUCUAAGAGACAAGGGCCUAUAAAGUAGGGUACCUCUGUAGUCAAGAACAAAUUAAGGACUUAACUACUUGUUCGAAACUCUCAAACCUUCACAGAUCAUGAGAACGGUCUGUAAUAUCGGGAAAAAUUCAAAGAUUGCAUAUACUCGUCAUUUGUUUCUGUCUCUUAUCAAAAAAGGCACAAGAUGACCAGGGAGAGUUAGAAUGCCUUAGAUCUUGAUUAUGAUGGUUUCCAUUAAGGAAGACUCAUUCGUUCAAUUUGAAUCAUUAAUACUUAAUAACCAUGCUAAUGAUCUGUUCUGAUAUUCUAUUGAAAUUUUUUUGUAUAAAGACAAACGAAUCGUGCGGAUGGUCAUAUUGUUGCAAAUAGCCCUUUUUUAAAUUUGACUCGAAGAUUAUUCCAAUGUGGAAAAGAGACUUGUUUAACUGAACGAAGCUAUAGACAUAGACAGAUCACUGAGGGGCAGGGGAAUAAACUGUUAGAAAUUCAGUGGAUAACAUUGAACGAAACAAUUACAAAAGCACAAUCACAAUGAUAUUUCCCUGUUAAAUUUAGUAAGUUAGCGACUAUGUAUAUCACUGUUGAUAUAAGGUUGUUCAUUAUAACCGAAUCAUGAGGCUAAUGUGCUGCCUGACUGAACCUCUUUUGAUUUGCAUGAUCGACUCUGUAGAACUUUUGCUUUUAUUCGAAGGCUUAAUUGAAAAGAUUACUUAAAGGAGGUCUCAAAUUGCGUCAUCCUAGCCACAAAUAUAGUUCUAGGCUUGAAUUAUGUAG